AUGGGAGAAGUCGUCGGGACCGUCAGUGCCCCUGCAGAGCCCAGCGCCCCGCUGCAGGUGGAGGAGUGCUGCUGGUGCGGGACGGGGCUGGGCGGCGGUGUGAGCAGAGACAGUCCAGACCAUUUUUUUUUUCUAGAAAAACAGAAAGAAGAGUUUAAUCCCAAAGGAGAAAACAAAAGUGAUGUGCUGAUGGUAUGUGUCUGUGUCUACCAUGCCCUCCCAGCCUGUACACCCACCCCUCUUCAAGGGCACAUCCCGUGUUUCCCUCUCCCCGUUCAUUUUUAUCUCCUUCCCCAUAACGACACUGCUGUUUCCUCCUUCCCUCCCUGUCCAUCCCAUAUAUCCCUCCAUCCUGGUCUCAUUCAGCUUCAUGGUCAUUUUGGGUUCACCAACAUCCAGCCUUGCCACCUCUCUCCCCUCUCCUCCUCUUACUCUUCCCCCAAACCCUUUCUCCUUUUCCCCACGCUCUUUGUCCCCCUCUCUGCAGCACCGCAUCCUGCAGAGGAGGGGAUGGCUCAGGGGUCUCUGCGUGUGCGCCUCGUGGGGGACAGUGACCUGUUUUGGAGAGGAAAUUGCUCCUGGACACGCUCUGGACAGGUACGAAGUGAGCUCAGUGUCUCCUCCACACAUGGCCCUUCUGGGCAGAGGCUUGGGAACGUGAACCUGCUGAGCAUGUUGGACAGAGAAAGGGAUACAUUUAUAUAUAUAAAAGAAGCUGGUUUGCUUCUCAGCAGGAAACAGACUGACAUGUCUCUCUGUUGCGCAUUAAUGAAGGUGACACUGGAUGCAGAGACAGCCAACCCGUACCUGACCAUCUCGAGGGACUGCAAAACCUUGCAUAUGGGAGGAGAACAGCAAAACCUCCCUGACACCCUCAAGAGAUUCACGGGCAGUGCCAGCAUCCUGGGCUCCCGGGGCUCCACGGCGAGGCAUUACUGGGAGCUGGAGGUAGGGGAUGACAACUGGGCUGUGGGGGUGGCCAUGGUGUCCGUGCGGAGGAAGGACUCAGUCGGCAUGGCCAUGGGGAACAUGCUGCUAUACUGGCCAGAUCUCCCAGUAACAAUGUCCACCUGUCCCUGCAGAGACAGGGAGAUAAGAUUAAGAGGGUGAGAAAUAGGAGAGGGGCAGGGAAGCUUUGGGUGCUGAUGCCGGUCUCUGACAGUGCUGCACGGCUCUCUGGCUUGGUGUGGUGGGGGCAGCGCCGUGACAGUCACCCCACACCCAGGAACUCGGGGUGGAGACACAGAGCUGCUAAUAGUGCUGGCAACU